UGUGUGUGUUUCAGAGUGGAGGCAGCAGCUGGAGGGAAGAACCAGACCCUGACCUGCGACGUGCUGCUGGUGUGUGUCGGCAGACGGCCGUUCACUCAGAGCCUCGGCCUGGAGUCUGUGGGCAUCGAGCUGGACAACAGAGGAAGAAUCCCCGUCAACGGGCGCUUCCAGACCAGCGUGCCCAGUAUUUUUGCGAUCGGGGAUGUGAUCGCCGGCCCGAUGUUGGCCCACAAAGCAGAGGACGAGGGCAUCAUCUGCGUGGAGGGCAUGGCGGGCGGAGCCGUGCACAUCGACUACAACUGCGUCCCCUCCGUCAUCUACACCCACCCCGAGGUGGCCUGGGUGGGCAAGACUGAGGAGCAACUCAAAGAGGAGGUGAGGGGGAAGAACUGGGAGAAAUAUCAGUAGUGAUGGACCCU